GCUACUCAUGCCUUGUCGCUGAGAAUCAAGAUAUAAAAGGCUCCAACCCUCACCUCCAUCUCUCAUCCAUCCAAUCCUCCAAAUCAAAGCACAUUGCAAACAAAGAUCCUCAUUCUUCUCUUAUACAAGAAACCCAAUUCCACCCACCAACAUCAACAUGCAGCUCAGCACUAUCAUCUUUGCGGCCACCGCCCUCAUGUCUGGUUCUGCGCUGGCAAUGCCUGGCCAGCUUUUCCAGCGCUCGUCCGUCUCCUUCUUCAACGGCGAGAAGUCCAUCGUUGCUGAAGUGGAAGAGGACCUGCUCACUGCCAGGAAUCUGCUGCAAACCAGAACUGAGGGUGACAUUGAUUGCAAGGGCUCUGCCUUCUGCGAGCGGCUGGGGUCCAGCUGCGACGACGCCUACCGUAAGAUUGUUCCUGGCAACACUUACAGUGCCUAUCUUGAUGAUUCCGACACUGGUACGUGCAGCGGUACUUGUGGCAUCUUUGUUAGCGGUGACCGUUGCUCUGCUACGGGCCAGGAGCUGAAGGAUGCCUACGAUGACAUCCGAAGCAAGGGCUCCUGCACCCACUGUGGACGGAAAGAGAUGAAGGAUGGAUGCUUAAUCAAGAUUGACCGUGUGACCGGAUGUUAAGUUAUAGUAUCGAGAAGCUGGCUGCUUGUCUCGGUCAGGGGAUAUUGUUUGUUGAAGAGUUUGGGACUCGUUUGUUUUUGUAUACAUGUGGUUCUUGUGAAUAAGCAACUUUGCUUAUAGAGAAUUCGUCUGUGGGCUGAAUUUUUUGUGCACCUGUUUUA